UGAAAGACAAAAACUGCCACUGGUUCCCUCUUGACCGUUAGCCUUUCUCUCUUCACUUCUAUGCCCCCCCUGAUUUUAGAGUGACUUUUAGCUGGAUUCUCCAAUUCUCCCGUUCAGUAUCAUCAAAAGACAGCCACUCGCUUUCUGCGCUCCAUCUCUCUCCGUUCUGCGCUAUUCUGCAGCGCACCGCUUCCCUCUUUCUCACACCUCUCCUCCCCCUUUCUCUCUUUCUCUACCUGCAUCCUCCUCACUCCACAUGCGCUUUUAUCUCCGGUUCCUCUGCUCCACUUGGGGAAAUACCGCACACUCUUGUUUCCGUCUCGCACGGAAGUGGAAAGUGAUGCUCCCGGUUCUCCAGCCUCGCCUCAGUGGACUCCGAUGAUCAACGUGGGCCUGAGGAGGGUUAGCGGGUAGAGGGACCCGACAAGAGGGCGCUUCAUCUCCUCUGGGAAGCUUCCAAGUGGUGCCGUUGGUUGCGCCUGGAGGGUCAUGCCCCGGGACUUGGAGAUCUUUUCCUGUUUCUGCCCCACCUUGAUCCUGGUGCCGGGGGAAGGAGCUUCCAGGCACCGAGAAGAGUGGGCACCAUGAACCAACUGGAUGCGCCGCGGCCAAUCAACUGGACUAUCAGGAAACUGUGCCACGCAGCUUUCUUGCCAUCUGUACGCCUACUCAAGGCACAGAAAUCAUGGAUAGAGCGAGCAUUCAGCAAGAGAGAAUGUGUCCAUAUCAUUGUGAGCGCCAAAGACCCCCAUAGGUGCUGCUGCGGACGCCUGAUAGGACAACAUGUGGGUCUUCCCCCCGGCAUUUCAUCCAGUCACAACGAUAAGGCGGAACGGCAGGCCAAAAAUGAUAGUCUGUCGGAGAAAUGGUCCAUCAGCAAACACACCCAGCUCAGCCCAACUGAUGCAUUCGGCACCAUUGAGUUCCAGGGAGGAGGACAUUCCAACAAAGCAAUGUAUGUGCGAGUGUCUUACGACACCAAGCCGGACCUGCUGCUGCAUUUGAUGACCAAGGAGUGGCAGCUGGAGCUUCCCAAGCUGCUCAUUUCAGUCCACGGAGGGCUGCAAAACUUUGAAUUGCAGCCCAAACUCAAGCAGGUCUUUGGCAAAGGGCUGAUCAAGGCAGCCAUGACGACUGGAGCCUGGAUCUUCACUGGAGGGGUCAAUACAGGGGUUAUUCGCCAUGUGGGUGAUGCGCUAAAAGACCAUGCAUCCAAGUCAAGGGGGAAGAUCUGCACUAUUGGUAUUGCACCCUGGGGCAUCGUGGAAAAUCAGGAGGAUCUAGUUGGCAAAGAUGUGGUGCGUCCGUACCAGACCAUGUCCAACCCAAUGAGCAAGCUGACGGUGCUGAACAGCCUUCACUCACAUUUCAUCCUGGCCGACAACGGUACCACGGGGAAGUACGGCGCUGAGGUCAAACUGCGCCGACAGUUAGAGAAACACAUCUCCUUACAGAAAAUCAACACACGAAUUGGUCAGGGUGUGCCAGUGGUGGCUCUCAUUGUGGAAGGAGGCCCAAAUGUGAUCUCCAUCGUGCUGGAAUACCUCAGGGACACACCACCGGUCCCUGUAGUGGUGUGUGACGGCAGCGGCAGAGCCUCUGACAUUUUGGCAUUUGGUCACAAAUACUCUGAGGAAGGAGGCAUAAUUAAUGAGUCUCUGAGAGACCAGUUGCUGGUGACCAUCCAGAAAACCUUCACCUACAGCCGCACACAGGCACAACAUCUGUUCAUCAUUCUAAUGGAGUGCAUGAAGAAAAAGGAACUGAUAACAGUCUUUCGAAUGGGGUCUGAGGGUCAUCAGGAUAUUGACCUUGCCAUCCUCACUGCACUGCUAAAAGGUGCCAACGCCUCCGCUCCUGACCAGUUGAGUUUGGCUCUCGCGUGGAACAGAGUCGACAUCGCCCGCAGUCAGAUAUUCAUCUACGGACAGCAGUGGCCUGUGGGUUCCCUUGAGCAAGCCAUGUUGGAUGCAUUAGUCCUGGACCGAGUGGACUUUGUCAAGCUGCUGAUUGAAAAUGGAGUCAGUAUGCACCGUUUCCUAACCUUGUCCAGGCUAGAGGAGCUUUAUAACACAAGACAUGGCCCAUCCAACACACUUUACCACCUGGUCAGAGACGUCAAAAAGCGAGAAUAUCCAGGGUUCAGUUGGAUCUACUUCAAGGGAAACCUGCCUCCAGACUACCGCAUCAGCCUCAUCGACAUUGGAUUGGUCAUUGAAUACCUAAUGGGCGGGGCUUACCGUUGUAACUACACUAGGAAGAGAUUCCGAACUCUGUACCACAACCUUUUUGGGCCCAAAAGGCCCAAAGCCUUGAAACUGCUGGGGAUGGAGGAUGACAUGCCAAUCCGGAGGGGCCGUCAGAAAACCACACGGAAGCGAGAAGAAGAGGUGGACAUUGAUUUGGACGACCCCGAAAUCAACCACUUCCCAUUUCCCUUCCACGAGCUAAUGGUAUGGGCCGUGCUGAUGAAACGGCAGAAGAUGGCGCUCUUCUUUUGGCAGCACGGAGAAGAGGCCAUGGCCAAAGCUUUGGUGGCGUGCAAACUGUGUAAGGCCAUGGCGCACGAGGCGUCUGAGAAUGACAUGGUGGAUGACAUCUCACAGGAGCUUAAUCACAACUCCAGAGAGUUUGGCCAGCUGGCAGUGGAACUUCUGGACCAGUCCUACAAACAGGACGAGCAGAUGGCCAUGAAGCUCCUGACAUACGAGCUGAAGAAUUGGAGUAACGCCACCUGCCUGCAGCUGGCGGUAGCGGCCAAGCAUCGGGACUUCAUCGCGCACACCUGCAGUCAGAUGCUGUUGACAGACAUGUGGAUGGGACGCCUGCGCAUGCGCAAGAAUUCGGGACUCAAGGUGAUCUUGGGGCUGCUCCUGCCGCCGUCCAUCCUGAGCCUGGAGUUCAAGAACAAGGACGAAAUGUCCUACAUGCCCCAGGACCAGGAAGCGUACUUGCAGGAGAAGGAGGAAGAGGAACCCGAGAAGCCCGUCAAGGAGAAGGAGGAGGAAGACAUGGAGUUCACAGUAAGGUCUUACUGUGAGGCGCAGUACAACUCUGUGGCCAUGCUGGGGAAAGUAGCCACGGAGACGUCUAGGAAGAAGGACGUAGAGGAAGUUCAGAACCGCCACCGCCUCAUCCCCAUGGGACGCAAGAUCUACGAGUUUUACAAUGCGCCCAUCGUCAAAUUCUGGUUUCAUACGAUGGCAUACGUGGGCUACCUUAUGUUGUUCAACUACAUUGUUCUGGUCAAGAUGGACUUGUGGCCUUCCCCUCAAGAGUGGAUCGUCAUCGCUUACAUCUUCACCAAUGGGAUUGAGAAGAUGAGAGAGAUCCUUAUGUCAGAGCCAGGGAAGUUGUUACAGAAGGUCAAGGUGUGGCUUCAGGAGUAUUGGAACAUCACAGACCUCAUGGCCAUCCUCAUAUUUUCUGUCGGCAUGGUUCUGCGUCUCCAGGAGCCCCCGCUCAUGAGCUAUGGACGGGUCAUCUAUUGCGUCAACAUCAUCUACUGGUACAUCCGGCUGCUCGACAUCUUUGGUGUCAACAAGUACCUGGGCCCCUAUGUGAUGAUGAUUGGCAAGAUGAUGAUCGACAUGAUGUACUUUGUGAUCAUCAUGUUGGUGGUGCUCAUGAGCUUUGGGGUGGCGCGGCAAGCUAUCCUUAACCCCAACGAAGAUCCCUCCUGGAUGCUGGCACGGAACAUCUUCUUCAUGCCUUACUGGAUGAUAUACGGAGAGGUGUUUGCCGACCAGAUUGACCAUAUUCAUAGUAGGAAGUUACAGCACAGGCUGAAUGAAAAACUCUGGCUGGUCGAAAAUUACUUACGAACUCUGGGAACCUGGCGUAGUAGUGGCGCAUCCCACAUUGCCCAGUGCUCUCAAAAUUCCACCCCCUGUGGUCAGAACAUCACCACUGAAGAUGGCGUGGUGGUCGCGUUGCCUCCGUGUAAGACAGGCGCCUGGAUUGUCCCGGCCAUCAUGGCCUGCUAUCUGCUGGUGGCCAACAUACUGCUAGUCAAUCUUCUCAUCGCAGUGUUCAACAAUACAUUCUUCGAGGUGAAGUCCAUCUCUAACCAGGUUUGGAAGUUCCAGCGCUACCAGCUGAUUAUGACCUUCCACGAGCGUCCGGUCCUUCCUCCGCCGCUUAUCAUCUUUAGCCACAUCACCAUGGUGCUCAAGCACCUGUGUUGUCGUUGGCGUAAGCACGAUGAUGACGAGAGAGACUACGGACUGAAACUUUUCAUCACAGAGGACGAGCUAAAGAAGGUCCACGACUUUGAGGAGCAGUGCAUAGAAGAAUAUUUUAGAGAGAAGGAUGACCGAUUCCACUCGUCUAAUGACGAAAGGAUUAGAGUCACUUCAGAAAGGGUGGAGAACAUGGCGAUGCGUCUCGAGGAAGUCAACGAACGGGAGCACUUCAUGAAGGCCUCUCUGCAGACCGUUGACAUCCGGCUAGCGCAAAUGGAGGAGUUGAUCGGACGGAUUGCCGUGGCCUUAGAACGUGUGACAGGUGUCGAACGCGGGGAAGUCAACAAGGUUCGAUCCCGGACGUCGUCUGAUUGCACCGACUCUGCAUAUGUCCUCCGCCAAGGGGAGUGCACGGACGCAGCAUACAUUCUCCGCCAAAGUAGCUUCAACAGCACCGAGGGGAAUGCGUACCGUUUGCAGGAAGCACUGGAGUGCACUGCCGAGGGCUCCAUGUCCCCUCCCUCUCCUACCGGCGGGGCUCAGCGGACAAGAAGCCAUUCCUUUUAUGUGGGAGGCGGUCGUGGUGGCGAACGUUCCAGCGGCCCUGAACGGGCAGAUAGCUUCUUCAAAGAGCGCUCACUCAGUCUCCAUCGAGCCAACAGCUCACAAUCUGUGUCUUCGUCAGCUGCCAAUAAAGAGCUGAAGCCCCUGCCCUUGGCUACGCUGUCUGUCUCCCAGCAGCACCGACCCUCAUCGUGCAUCGAUAUCUAUGUCUCGACCUCUGAGGAGGUUGCUCCAGCCGAGGUUUUUCUGGAUUCCCUGCGUGUGGUACCGCCCCUCCAAAGAGAGGCGUCAUUGCAGUCCGACAUUAUCGAGGCGGCGCUGCCGGGAGGCCGGGACUUCGGCGGUGCUGACAGGCACUCAGAAGGUGGCGGGGGCAGUGGUGGGGCGGCCGGUGGCGUGUUCGAUGACAGUGCAGCAGCCGAUUUAUCUUUGUGUUCCGCCCACCUGUUACCGGACAGCGCCCUACCCUCUUGGGACGCAGAACCGUCACCGCCCCCCUCGGCCGGGCCGCUGGAGCGCUCCAAGAGCAGCCGUCUCCUCUCAACAGUAGGCACGUCCUUCCUGGAAGAGCCUCCUUUGGUCAAGUCCCACAGUCUCAUGUUCACGACGAGGAGCUGCUACGGCGGACUGGGUGCGGGCGUCCAGGUCAAAGCUGCAGAGUACACCAGCAUCACCGACUGCAUUGACACACGCUGCGUUUCAUCACCAUACACCCCCGUAGAACGCUCGCACUCGCCCGGAGCUUCCACCUCAUUCCCUUUUGACAAGCCUUCAGACGUUGGCUCUUCUCAUCCAGAGAGAGAAGCUGAGCUAAGCCACACUGAGUCUGAUCCAGAGGACCCAGAGGACCUGAUGGCACCUCCCGACACCCCUCGUCUGGGGACCCUCGGCGGAUCCGGCGGGGCCCCUCUCUGCUUCCCCAUCUCCAGGCUGGAGCGAGCCAAUAGCUGCUCUUCAGACGACUCCCAUCCUUCGCUCACACUGGCCCCUCCGCACAGGAAGAGCUUGUCAGUGAGUGAGAGGAUGGAGAGGGGACCGGGUCUGGGGGCAGACAGGGGGCCCGGGGGUCGGGGUCUGGCGGGAACCAGAAACCCCUUCCUCAGGAGCAAGUCCGGGGCACGGCCCGAAGCGGCCAAGACUGACAACCUCUCCAUGAGGAAGCUGGCCGCUCCGUCGGCAUUCCGCAGCUUUGAUAGACAGAACUACACGUGACACGCAUACACACCACACACACUGGAAGGGGAAAAGGGAAAGCGUGAAAGCAGGACCUGAACCAGAUAUGUAGUGCAUUCGGAAUCAGUAGCCCAAGUGUGUGAGCGGGUCCUUCUGUCCACACGUCAAAAAACAAAGAGCUAUGGAUUUAUAUUAGGAUUCACCCACUCCCAUCUUGUAUCUAAUUCAACUCUCAGUGGAAGCUGUGUGUUUGUGCUGUGUGUCGUCCACCCACCACGUAUUAUGCCAUCUUUGCAUCACGGUCACGUCAUAAAAGAAAAGAAACAGAAGCUAUGAUGGUAAGAAAAAUAUAAGGGAAUCCUACAACACCAGAUCGUUGCCAUGGUAACCCCUAACUUGACAUCCAUCCAUGAAAUGAGCUUGUCGUAUUUAGGCUAUUUAGCGCAUUGGUUAAACGUCGCAGAAUUGCACAAUAGUAAGAUAUGGCAACAGUAAAUGAUUCAGGGAUAGAAGGUUACCCUGCUGACUUUUCCCCCACCAAACAUUUCUAUUACAUACAAUGGAUUGGGUGUUUAUCCGUUUCUUCAUCAUCAUAUACUAUUUUGCUUGUCCUCACCUACAACCAAAAAUUCUUCUAUCCAAAGAAUGGCUCUUGCUAUCAGGUCCUCUGUCAUUCAUUGGCUUUCCUUCACUUGGACAUAGUUUUAAACCGGGAAAUACCACCUGACUGAGCUAAAGUCAAAUUACACCCAGGGGAGAUUGCUCUACAUCAUUUGAAGCUGCUCUACAUCAUUUGAAGCUGCACUUUUUUCUCACAAAUUCCGCUCUUGUUCACUUUUCGUUUGCUAUUAAGUUCAUAGUCAGUAAUGUUCUUAAGCUGGAUUUCCUGGCCAGUGUACGUUCACAUGUAACUGUGCAGCAGUCUUCGGCCACCACCGGCUUUGUUAUUUUACUAUUGUCAAUCUGACAUUAUAUGACAGGAUAAAAGAUAACGCUAGGGAUGGGAAUCGAAAUCCGAUUCCAAUUCGGAACCGGUUCCGAGUGUUUUGAGGCCUCGACAUCACAAUGAAAAAGCCUUAACGAUCCCUUUAACGAUUCCUAAAGACGCGUAUUGCGUCGUGACGUGUGUUGUUGUCCAGACACAUCAAACUAGCAUGGCGCCAAGAACCACUCGCUCCAAAGUUUGACUACACUUCACCAGGAAAGAGUGUGAAUAUGAAAGGUUAGGACGGGUAAGCACGAGCAUUGCAGCCAUAAACAUAACAAUGACAGCACAUAGGUUCAAACGCUCAAAAGUGUGUCUUCACUUCACGAGGAAAAAAUACAACAAAGCGACUUGCAGUCAUUGCAAGGUGGAGAUAACUGCAUUGGGAGGGAAUACGAUUGCGCUGUCCUCACAGAGAGGCUAAGGCUCAGUCCUGGCUAUAAAAAAAAUAAAUAAAAGUCCCGGCUAUACAGCUAGCUAAACUCCCAAAUGACGAUGCAGAAGACGUUGGUAUAAUUUGCUGACUUUAUUCACCCAUCACUUGAAGAGUGAAACUAAGAAUAGAAAUGAAACAAAUCAAUUUCGUCCCCAAUAACAAACAGGUUUGCAUCAACGUAAAUCAUCGAUGAUUAGCUGCUAAUAACAGUAUGGUUAGCAUUCGUUCGCUAGCAUUAGCACAUCGUUCAAACCACUACACAACUGGAUUUAAGUGUCCGAUCGCGAGUGGAAACACAACAACAACAACACAAAAGAUGAUACAUACAGGCGUUGCCUCUGUAGAUAUUAAAAUUAACAAAGAACGUAGGCUCGUAGAAGUGUUUCCCUCUCUCACUCACUUGGAUACGGCAUUUCUUCUUUGGGUGUAUGCGCGCUCCAGCAGUCCUCAAACUGCGGCCCGCGGCCCAAAUACGGCCAGCCUCCACAUUUGGUCCGGCCAUUUUAAAUGUUUUUUUUCUUUUUUCUCAAUCGUGUUAUUUAUUUUCUGGCCUUUUCCUUGAAGAAUUCAGAGAGGGUUAUUUGGUUAUUAUCUAUUUAAUUAAUAGUGUUUUUAUUAUUAAUUAUUAUUAUUAUUAUUAUUAUUAUUAUUAUUAUAAAUAAUCCAGAAAGGGUUAUUUGAUUGUGGCUUUCUGAAAAACAAUAAUUUUUUACAUUUAUGCACUUCUGCAAUCGUCACACUUUUUCUGUAACAAACUGACCCCGGCCCCUCAUCAGAGAAAGGAAAAGUUAUGUGGCCCUCACAGGAAAAAGUUUGGGGACCCCUGCUUUAAUACAUAUUGCCAAAGGCAGAACAAAAACCUAUCUGCCAAUACAUACCAAUAUUUUUUAUUUCUAUUAGAUAAAUGUUUCAGUAAAAUGUUACACAUUCUUGUGUAUUUGCCACUUAUUGCCACAGUUAACAUUGAGGCUUUGGGCCUCUUUUGAUCUCGUUGUGAGUUUGUAAAGUUGUGACUUCUGAUUAAACAAACUCGAUGCCAAUCAACACAUUUGUUCUUUUUCCCCAAAUUAGAAUCGAUAAGAGAAUCGAUAAAGAAUCGAAUCGUUAAGCAAUAUCGAUAAUGGAAUCUGAAUCGUAAAAAUCCUAUCAAUUCCCAUCCCUAGAUAACGCUGUCCUUAAAAAAAGUCUUACAUUUACACUUAAAAGAAUUAUACUAGCUAUGUCCCAUUUGAGGGUCUGUAGCCUAAGAAGGCUGCAGUUGAAGGCCAGUUACAUCUCAACAUCGCGCAAAAAUGUCCCAAUUAAUUCAAAUCUGAAGUCCACCUGCAAAUGUGUCCUACAUUCUAAUUGUUUUGAGCUAGUUCGAAACACGCCCAUUUCAGCAUGUUUUUCUUCUGCUUCAAUAAGUCAUCAUAAAUGGUGGCAGGCUAUCCCCUGGCACCACAUUUAUUGUUAAUGUACGUAACCUAUUCAAAUGUGAACUUAUUUAAACAUCCAACCAUGUACGUUAAACCAAAACCCCCAAAUUCAUUUAAACUAUAUGACUGUUAAGGCUGAGAAAUUGUUAGCUUGAUUCUAUAAAAACAUCCAAAUGUUUGAGGUUCAGAGGUUGCUUUAUAAUUAGGGCUGUCAAAAUUAUCGCGUUAACGGGCGGUAAUUAAUUUUUUAAAUUAAUCACGUUAAAAUAUUUGACGCAAUUAACGCACAUCCCUCGCUCAGGCAUAUUUAAAUGACAGUACAGUCCAGGGAUCGCGUUAACCGAAUAUUUUCUGUCGCUGACUGAUUUUUUUUAAAACGGUGACGGAAAAAACAGAAGUCCACCUGUCAUUUUGACAGGUUGCAAUUCACACCCCAGACCACAGGGUGGCGAGUGAGCAUAUUAAUUAGCUAUUGUCUCUCUUGAUGCAUGACAUCGUUGGCCUUACUCUGAAAAAUGUCAAGGCAACUGAGUGUCCGAAGUUUCUUCAAAAAGCCCCAAAACGACGAUGGUGUUGAUAAAAGAGGUGAAAAAAGAGGGACUGCACAAGCGGGCACGCAAUUCAAGUCCAUGCGCACCAGGAGGAAAGUGUGAGACUGCGUUCAGGCCACAGCAGGUGAACUGUUAAUUUCAUUGUUCCGUAUGUAACCUCAUCUGCUUGAUGUGUGAUGAUGGCACGGUGUGGAUUCUCUGUUAAGCUUGUUCGGACAGAAUAUUAAUUUAAAAUGAAUGAAAACUAAAUACUAUUGAAUAUGUUGAAGCGGUAUGCAAUGUUAAGAGUCUUGUUAGCUCGAAUUGCUGUGUCCAGCCGCUGUAGCUCUGCUGCUCUCUGUGAACUCUCUAUUCAAGCCGGAACGCGCGCGGCUCUUAAGUGUCUCUGUCACAUGACUGUGUCGUAGCCGCUAACACGCUCGGCCAAAUGGACACACAAGUACGGAAGGUGGAUUAUGCCAAACAAAGGGUCACCACAAUGUCAUUAUCAUCAUUUUAAAAAUUUAAGUGACGGGUAAAAACAGAUUAUGACCGGAUUUUUAUGACCCUGUCAGUCAAAAUGACAGACAACGAAAAAGUCUAGCGCAACCUCUGGUACAGUCAAAUGCCCAGUUGUUAAUUGUGUUUUGUGGAGUUUUGCUGCCCUCUGCUGGCGCUUGGGUGCGACUGAUUUUAUAGGCUUCAGCACCCAUGAACAUUGUGUAAGUAAUAUUGACAUCAACAAUGGUGGGCUACUAGUUUAUUUUUUGAUUGAAAAUUUUACAAAUUUUAUUGAAACGAAAACAUUAAGAGGGGUUUUAAUAUAAAAUUUCUAUAACUUGUACUAACAUUUAUCUUUUAAGAACUACAAGUCUUUCUAUCCAUGGAUCGCAGUCUUGUUGAUUUAUUGUUAUAAAAAACAAAUACAGUCCUUAUGUACCGCAUGUUGAAUAUAUAUAUCCAUCUUGUCUUAUCUUUCCAUUCCAACAAUAAUUUACAGAAAAAUAUAGCAUAUUUUAUAGAUGGUUUGAAUUACGAUUAAUUGUGAUUAAUUACGAUUAAUUAAAUUUUAAGCUGUAAUUAACUCGAUUAAAAAUUUUAAUCGUUUGACAGCUCUAUUUAUAAUUUGAAAUUAUUUUAUAGCAGCAGAAUAAAGAAGGAAUGGGGGUCAUUACAGUAUAUGUUUUAAUCUUUUCUUUUUAACUCAUUCACUGCCAUUGACAGUGAUAGAUGUCCAAUCGAUGUCUGUCGCUGUCAAUGGUAACCUUUGAGCUAACUAUUUUAUAGCUUGUAGGGCUAACUGCAAGUGAAUGAUUGAGAAGAAUUUGGCAAAAGUGAGUCGCACAUAAGUAAAAGUGCCUUCCAACCUCCACGACAUAUCAAUGACGGGUUCUGAGUUUAGAUAUUGGAUUAAGAGUUUUUGAAAUAGUUGAGGGGAGAAUCUGGUAAAGAGGGCUAGAUUAUCAUAAGAACAUCCAGUAACUAUAAAUCUGCAUUUUCUGACCAUUAUAUCCCAUUUUGUCUUUUAUCGGGAGUCCAAAUGAUUCUAUAAAACAUUUCAUAUCAUGAACAAUUCAUUUCAAUCACUCAUAAAUCCUUGUUUGAUUUACAACUAUAUUUAGAACCUCUUGAUAUUUAUAUAGUUUUCUAAAAGAAAAGACACUAAAUACUGAUGUGUUUAUGAAGUAUAACAGUGUCUCAUAGACAUUUCGAUCCUAUUCAAAGUAUUUAAAAUAGUUUUUAUCGUAUGGUUAAAAAAAUGGAAUGACACGGCAACUCACAGUUGCCUGGUUACUAAACUUCCGGGUGCCUUCAGGGCAUUGAUGAAUUAUGUUGCUGCUGAGUCACAUUUUGACUUUCUACGUUCCCCCACAUCAUUAAAUUAAAAUAUCCAUGAGUGCUGUAAGCAUGUGGCCUCAGCACAGACAUCUGCUUUAGCUUGUUUAAGUGUACAGAGUGGAGGCUUGUCAGAAUGAGCUGGACGCAACAUGUUUUUAUUUGCACAGAGAGGGAAACUCAAAUAGCAACACGGACUCUAUUUAUUGGUAGUUAUUUAUUUUAGUGUCUCGCAACUACCUGUAUGUUGAAUUUGUGGCAAAACCACAACAGGUUAAUGUUGAAGACAUAGAUAACAUUAGUUCAAGUGUUGUCUAAGAUGGGAUACAAUUCUUAACUAUUUAGGUUAGGACAGUGGAACCUUUAAAGUUGAACAGAAACCAGAAUCUGACAUAUUAUACAAAAAUGUCCUCUGGGAAAAUUAGUUUCUCCUCCUGUAGCUGACGAGUAGCGCAAAGAAAUGCACCAAUAUUGUAAAUGAGAGUGUAAGGAAGCCUGCUGAUUAGUGCGAAUGAGUCAGGAGUCCACUCUGGCUUCUUUCCAAAGUGGAUGUCCACAAAGUGACCAAAACCUGAAGUACACAGUCAAAGAAAAAAAAAAAACGUUAAAUGUAUGGUAAAAUAUUGGCAGCUGUGUGUUUUCUAGAAGUUUACCAUUAAACCAUUAAAAAAAUAAAAUAAAAUAAAAUACAUGUAAAAAUGGUAUAGUGCUUCAGUGACCAUAGAUUUUUAGGUAGAUUUUCAUAGUUUUUUUUUUUUUUUUUUUUUUUUUAAACCUAAAAUUACUGUACAAUAAAUUCAUUGUUAUGUACUCUAAUAUGUAACUUGUCUUGAUGGUGGCGGGAUCACCAUUGUACCCUUUCUUGUCCAUUCUCUCCAGCCUGAAUUCAAACCCACACCUUUACCUUGAUAGUCUAACAUGCUUACUGCUGAGCUACUGUGGAGAAAAUGCUGUGUGUUGAAGGUUUGGAAAACAUUUGUCCCCGAGAAGUUAAAAUAAUGUACUGGCGGCUGAAGGUAGACUGUGCUGUUGGCUCAGUAGUCAGCAGCCCUGACUGCCAUAUUAAGAGUUUGGGUUCAAAUUCCAGUUGGAGAAGGAGGAGAACAAAAACAGCAUUCCUGUGAUGUCACCACCAUCUGACUGGUUACAGAUGAAUAUGUUUUACAGUAUUUUGAUGUAAAAAGGCAGUUAAAAUGUAUUUCUUUGUACGGUAAUUUGUUGGUAAUUUGAGGGUGAACAUUUUACGGUUCCAGUGUUUUUCUAAUGGUAUAAUUCUGGCAAACAGUAUUUUACUGUAAAUUUAACAUUUUUUAAUUCAACCUUUAAAGAGAAUGAUAAUACUAAAGGGGUGUGAGAUAUUAAUAGAACCGUUAUGUGGCAAAAUAACAAAUAUUAAUAAAGUUAACAAAAAAAUAAAUCACAUUCAUGAGGAAUUAUCGAAAAUAGAUUGAAAACUAUGAACAUUUCCAAAAGUAUUCCGGAAACAGCCGAAUUGGGCUUUGACUUCACAGCCAGGAAACAAAAGGUCGAGGCAAGUGCCAUUGUUGUUUAUCGACGAGAGAGUUGCUUUCGUGUUUUAUCAAAAAAUCGCUAAAAUGGUUCAAACCUGUCAUGCUAUGUGGUGUACAAAUAGCCAUUUGUCGCAAUGUAGUACCCAUGAGUUCCCGAACGUGAGAAAAAGAGCUAGACUACGCAGAAAAUGAGUAAAGUUCGUCCGUGCAAAGAGGGCUGAUUUUGCAGACCCAGCCUCCGGCACGGUUUUGUGUGGUACACAUUUUACACCUGAAAGCUAUUCGAACUAUGGACAAAUGAAAUCAGGUUUUGCUAAGAAAUUGCUGCUGAAAGCAGAUGCGGUGCCCACCAUGCACGCACAGCCACGUAAAUGUUCCGAGAUAUCAAGAAAGAGGACGAUGACUGGCACUGAUGAGACCACCCCACCACCCCAAGCUAAGCAAAGGAGGGGAGCAGCCAAGCUCAAAAUGGCCAGCGUGAGUACUCUUUUAUAAUAAAAAAAAAAAAUCACGCAUUGGAUAUAGGACUGGACACAUGUAUAAAUUAUCGCUCGUAAAAUAUACACAACAAAUCCUCUAAUCCCAUUCAAAUUUGUGUCUGUUGGCAGAGCGAAAACCUAUGAUAGCACAAUAAAUGAUAAAUAUUCUAUAAUUAUUUUGCGGUCACGGUGUAUCAGCUUCACAAAAAGAAAUGCAAAACAAACCAUUCGGUGUUUCCCACACGAUCUGUUGUUUUAUCAGUGUGAUUGUUCCCCUUAAUGAUCGUUUCAUUAGGCUGCAUUGGCUUUCGUUUGGGCUCAAAUUGAUAACCCAAAACACCAAAGAAAGGUUCAUAACUCUCCUCGUCACCAUCAGAAGAACGUUCGUUACGUCUGAUUCGUCGCUGCAACUAUGGACAAAAUUGUCCGCCAUCAUCGCUGCCAUUCAGUACUCAGCACUGAGCCGGUUGUUUCCUAGUUGUGACGUCACGCACACAAUAUGCUAGAUUUCCGGGAUCUCGGGCGCCGGUCGUUUUAGCUUGACAAUCGAUCCAAAUUUCUAUCAUUUUCUUGGUUUUGCGAUGUGUUUAAUCACACGAAGUGGCAUGAUAUGAAUCCAAAAGGCAUGGGUUUAUGGAUAAAUGAUGGAAUAUUAGCAUUUCCCCAGGUGCUUUCAUACUCUUUAACAGUCUUUACCUUUGCUUUGCGCUCCUCAAAUGGUCACACGAAAAAAUGUAUGACCGUGACAAUAAUUUUCUCCACUUUUAUUUAUGGAAUGUGAUAAAAACCUGGGGAAAAAUGCACAAAGCACAUUAAUGGUGUAGUCUAAACUUGUGUUGUCUACUGAGGGAUUGCACAUACUUUGAUAUUAGAGGGGAAAAAAAGAAAAACACUGCCAGAUAAAAAGCAAAACUGUCCCAGAGGUUCUUUGGUGGUUCCACUGUAGAUGAUUGAAAGAGAAAAGCGUGAUCCAAAGUCAGUGCUCAGGGACAAUAGAAUUCAGUGAUGUAAGCUUAUAAAUUUGUCAAGAAAAAUGAGACUAGAUUAAAACCAAGAUAUAUCUUAGAAAACCUGCACUGGAGAAAAUACAAAACAUACUUGACUGUUUUAUGUCCUCAUAAAGGACAACAAAAUAAUGUCAGAACUUGAUGAAUUCACAGGCAUUUCCUUGCUAAGGACUACAACAAUUACUAUAUGUUUUGAUGGCGUUUUUUGCCCCUUAUGUGUAGAAUCAAAGCAAUUUUCUUUUUAAUCCAAAGAAGCUGAGUGGUUUUCUCCUGAACUUGCCGUGUUGCACAGCUGAGACCUCAUUGGAGGGGGGCCUCCACUCAAGUUUGAAAACAGAUGUCCGGGUGGAGGCCUACGUUGAUUUGAACACUUACAGUGACAUGAUGCUAUAAAUGUGGAAUGCCUGUUGUGCGAAAGGAUCAAUCUAAUGAGGAGUGUGUGUAUGUUUGUGUGCAUUCACCUGUGUACAGUAUUUUCCUAAAAAAUUAUACCGUGGAAUCCAGAGCAUACGAAGAUAAUCAGGACACUUUAUUCCCUCCUUGUGAUGCUCCAGUUAACUCAUUGGCUGCCAUUAACGGUGAUAUACUAAUGGCAUUCAACAUGAUCAUUCGAUGGCAACCUUCCUAGUUCAAUUGAAUUUGAUUUCUGUUGCUGUCAAUGGCAGUAAAUGAGUUAAAAAGUAAUAAUAAUAAAGUAUCCUAUUCCUUGCAAUAACUUCUAAGCUGGUGUCUUCACAUUUAAUUUAUUGAAUCAUGUCCUUGAGAUGCAUGCGAUUCUUCCACUCAGAGUGUACAGAGAUGACCCGUAAGGACAGAGACAGAAAGAGAUUAUUCUAUGAAAUCAAAGUAGUGAGUAUUUGGAUGCAAAUACAAAUCUGUAUUCUUAAAUGUGAAUAGGAUCAUGUCUGGCAUGCAUUGUUAAAUAAACAAAUAGA